AUGGCAAUGCCCCGGAAUUCAACCACAGAAAAUGGCUUUUGUUUCGCUCAGACGCUUGACUUCUCCUGCUCAUCUCCUCCUCCCGGUGAGACUGGCCGGACCUUUGAGGCCCCAAGUGGGCGGGGGGCGGGCAGGACCCCGCUGAGCAACGGCACGGCAUCCUCUGGUGUGCCCAGCCCCUCCGACUCGUGCGCUGAGCCCCUCUGCUCCCCCACGCCCGGAGAGGAGGAGACCCAGUUCAACGAAGGGAUUAAAUACGUGUCAGCCAACAGGGAGGAACUGGUGUGCGGCUGGGGGGGGGUCACCCCCGGGUGCUUACAGCUCUUUAACACAUCCAAGGGCGUCUUGUUCUUCCUCUGCGUGGCCUCCUUCCUGCAAGGCAUGACGGUGAACGGCUUCAUCAACACGGUCAUCACCUCCAUCGAGCGACGCUUCGACCUCCGCAGCUACCAGAGCGGGCUGAUCGCCAGCUCCUACGACAUCGCAGCGUGCGUCUGCUUGACCUUCGUCAGCUAUUUCGGGGGCAACGGCCACAAGCCGCGGUGGCUGGGUUGGGGUGUACUGGUCAUGGGUUUGGGUUCCCUGCUCUUCGCCUUGCCCCACUUCACCACGGGACGGUACGAGGUGCGCUCGGCAGCGGAGGUGGGCAUCUGUGGGGGCAACCAGAGCCUGCCCUGUACCCAGGCGGCCUCCAGCCUCUCCAGCUACAGAUUCGUCUUCAUGCUGGGCCAGUUCCUGCACGGGAUGGGAGCCACGCCGCUCUACACGCUCGGCGUCACCUAUUUAGAUGAAAACGUCAAGACCAGCUACUCCCCCGUGUACAUUGCUGUUUUCUACACUGCUGCAAUCCUUGGGCCUGCAGCGGGUUAUCUGGUAGGAGGAAUGUUUCUAAAUAUUUAUACUGAAAUUGGCAGAGAUCUCCUCAUCUCCACCCCCAUCCUGGGGUCCCCCCACCGCCUCCCAGGAUCCCAGCGCUAUAUCGUCAUGAGGGUGUCAGAGGCUCAUCAGCUGAAGGAUGGCAGCCACAAAAAAGCAUCGGAUCCGGACUUUGGGAAAACAGUUAAAGACUUGCCUCGGUCAGUACUGCUACUUCUGAAGAACCCCACCUUCAUCUUCCUCUGCUUAGCAGGAGCAACCGAAGCCACCCUCAUUGCUGGGAUGUCCACUUUUGGACCCAAGUUCCUGGAGUCUCAGUUUAGUUUAAGUGCCUCUGAAGCUGCUACCUUUUUUGGUUAUCUGGUUGUGCCAGCCGGAGGGGGAGGCACAUUCCUGGGAGGAUUCCUUGUGAAUAAAUUUAAACUCCGCUGUUCAGGAAUCAUCAAAUUGUGUUUACUUUGCACCGUGUCAAGUCUGCUGGCUAUUUUCAUUUUUUUUAUCCACUGCCCUAACAUGCCGAUGGCAGGAGUAACCCAGAUGUACGAGGGAAGUGCUUUGCCUGGUGGCCACCUAAACCUGACAGCAGCCUGCAACGCCGAGUGUGGCUGUCUGCAGGAGACCUACAGCCCUGUCUGCGGGAGUGAUGACAUUAUGUAUUACUCUCCCUGCCACGCUGGCUGCAAAAAAGUGUCUGAAAACCUCAGGAAUGGCAAGAAGGUCUAUCACGAGUGUAGCUGCGUUGACAAAACCCUCCUGCCUGGCCCUGGUGACGCAGAGGCAGGGAAAUGCACGUCGUCUUGUGCCAGAAGGCCCCUGCUCCUCUUCUUCAUGUUCGUGGUGAUCCUCUUCACCUUCCUGAGCAGUAUUCCUGCCCUGACCGCCACUCUGCGGUGCGUCUCCGACAGGCAAAGGUCAUUCGCACUCGGGAUCCAGUGGAUUGUAGUACGAACACUAGGAGGCAUCCCUGGCCCCAUUGCCUUUGGGUCCAUGAUUGAUAAGUCCUGCCUGCUCUGGCAGGACCAGUGUGGCGAGCAAGGCUCUUGCUACAUUUACCAGAACUCAGCCAUGAGCCGAUACACCCUCAUCGCUGGACUGGUCUACAAGGUGCUUGGGACAACCUUCUUUCUAGUCGCCUGUUUACUCUACAAACCCCCACCACCGGAGUCAGCUCCUGGCAGCUCGGAUACAUCUCAGAACGGCAACUGUGACCUCCAGGCACACAAACCUUCGCUGCGGGCUGAAGGGGAUGUAUAG